AUGCGUAAAGGCAAACCAUGGCGAUCAAAUAGAACUUUUGUCAAAUUUGCAUUUCCUAAUAUUCUAAGAUCAAAUUUACAUGAUUUUACUUUUCCAACUGGUUUUUGGAGUAGUCGAUAUUAUCGAUAUAAUAAAUGGCAUGAUCCUCCUCGAUUUUUUCUCUCAUUUAAAUCGCAAUCUAUGACAGUAACUGGAUGUGGAAAAGAUAAUAUCGGUAUUUUUGGUAUUGAAGGUUUCUAUUCAUAUAGAACUCGUCGAAUUGGUCUCAGAAAAAUAUAUCGAUCGAUCAAGUUUAAAAGAUUAACAAAAUCUAGACAUGAAAUAAUAAUUCAACUUAUUUGGAAUGCUAAAGAAAAAACAUUUCAAGGCAAAUGGUAUGACGACACGGAAUUAAACAAAGGAAACGGUGUCUUUGAAUUAGCAUAUGAUGACAGACUAAAUCCAUUUGUAUUCGAAAAAGUUUGA